AUGCCGCCCCGGUCUGCAAUUGAUGCAACGCGUUUUACUUCUACAAUACCACAUGCCUCAUCAAUACCGCCAAAAAUUGAAUCAAGGAGGACACCAUCAAGGAUACCGGGACUUCCAGGAGAGACACCGCAGGAAAAAGUGAAAAGACUGCGUGCAGCAGCAGAUAGAGCACGGAAUGCACAAAUGACCCAAUUUGAUCGAUUUAUUGCGCGGGGUAGGGUUUGGGCAGAUAUAGCGCAUACAAUUACGACUACAACCCUAAUAGCAGCAUCAUUUAUUGCCGGUGGCGUAACAAUCUAUGCGCUAACAGAUAUGAUUAUUUACAACCGUAGAAAAAAAGCGCAGUUUUUCCACGAGCAAAAAACACAGCUCGAGAAUGCAAUUUUAACGGCCCGCAAAGCUAUAAAUGAUGGAACUGCCACUGAAGCACAGAUAAAUUUCAUCAAAAUGGAAGAUGAACAUAAAUCUGCCAAGCCCAAAGAAAAGAUGAACUUAAUUUCAAAAAGCAAGGAAUGGCUGUUUUCAGGGCUCAAGAUUGAUGAAGGAGACCUUAUUGAAAAAAGUAACGCACCAAAAGAUAACCCUGGUAGAGGAGAGAGUACAAGCUCUAUAAAUGCCAACGAUAGAGUAAUAUCUACACUGUCCAUGGAAAGGCAAGAUCUUGUGAAUGCGAAAGAUCAGAUUAAUACUGAGAAAUCUCUCGGAGAAGAUAAUAAGAAGCUCAGCGCUAAAAAAGAAGAAAAGAAUGGAGGCAAACCUUGGUCAUCAUGGAUAUUUGGACGAUAA